AGCUUUGUGCUAUCGUUGAAGGGCUUUUCACAAUUUUCCAUUGAAGACAAAUCAAUGUCGCAGCACAGGCUGACCGACCGAAUAAUCAGUUUAGAAACCGCGAUAAAGUUUACUUUGCAGUGUCUAUAAAACUAUUAUUUGUUGGUGUUAGCUGUUGCCAUCCCGACCGAGCAACCUUGGGGCUUCUCAACAUCCAGAUAUUAAUUAAUUAGAACUGAAAAUUUUAAUAAAACCGAAAGACAUCCGGUUUGUCAGUCUGAAGCUUUUGCUAUUGUUAUCACCCCACCGGCUUGGUCAUCAUUAGAGUGAUAAGAGCCCCAAAAAACCAGUAGCGUAAUUUUUCUUAACGCCACGUUACACGUAACACCAUGGAUGACAUAGUUCCCGAUGUUGUGGAUGCGGUUCCCGUUGGCGAUAUCCAAGUCACCUACGGCGAAGGCAAUGCGGUGAAACAGGGCAACGAGCUGACCCCCACCCAGGUAAAGGAUGAGCCGAGUGUUACUUGGGAAGGUCUCGCAGGAGAGUCCGACCUGAUAACUCUGCUGAUGGUGGAUCCCGAUGCUCCCAGUCGCCAGGACCCCAAGUUCCGAGAGAUCCUGCACUGGUCUGUGGUUAACAUUCCGGGCAGCGAUCUGUCGAAGGGUCAAUCUGUAGCGGCCUAUGUCGGAAGUGGCCCCCCCGAGGGCACUGGUCUGCAUCGCUACAUUUUUCUGCUCUAUCGUCAGACGGGCAAGAUCGAGAUCGAUACGCCCACAAUUCCGAAUACUGUUCGUGCUGGUCGUUUGAACUUUAACGCCAGGGAUUUCGCCGCCAAGCAUGGCCUGGGGAAUCCCAUUGCCGCCAACUACUACCAGGCGCAGUAUGAUGAUUGGGUGCCCAUUCGGAACAAGACUAUGACCGGCUAGUUUAUGCAUAUAUCAUGCCGGGUUUUCGUUUACCCAACAAUAAAAUAUAACCAAUCGCUUA